AUACUAUAAUCACGCCCGAGUAAGAACGAACAAGUCAUUUGUCGAUAUUGGAAUAUAGUGAACGCUUUAACCAGGAGCGUAAAAUAUGCUCUAUCAAACAACCAUCAAACUAUAACUAAUGGAUUUCUUGUAUAGAGCACUUAUAACUUGUAUAUACAAGUGAAGCUUUUCUAAGCUAUAAAAUUAUAAAAAUAUAAAACGUUAGUUUUUGCUUGUUUUUUAAAUUGACUAGUGCACGCAAGUCAGAGGAAAAAUGGAUUUUUGUGACUCAAAGUUUUGUUGAUUCAUAAACAGUUAAGCAAGUUUUCUUCUGCGUAGAGAGAGAGUGAUGAUAAAAACAUGUGAUUUUUCUACAAUAAGAUAAAUGACGAUUCAAGAUGAUUUUGGAAAAAGUGGUGAUCAAUUUCCUUGUUCAUGUACUGUCAUCAUAUGUCGAAAGUGCUCUGUCAGAUUCUUCUAGUCAUGUUAAGGUAGCAGACCAAGGUCUACCUAGUAUAAAUUUUAACGGUACAAGCAUUGUAAGAAACAAUAAAGGAAAUUCAAGUCUUGACUUUAAUGAGUUUCAAAACGUUACAGGCAAUGCAUUAGAUAAUGAGAUUCGUAAUUAUACAGAUGUUCAAAGUACAGAUACGAUAUUUAUAACAACACCCAAUUCGAUCAUCAAGAAUGAUUCGCUGGAUAAAGCAUUAAUCGAUAAGAAUAUUUCAGAGACUGCCAACGAUAAUCAAAUAUUCUCCAUAAUUAACACAAGUAUAGAGUCCUCAAACUACAACAAAGUUACCACUCAAUUCUCAUUUAAAAAAGAAAACCAGAAUGAACAUAAAGCAGAAAAGAAACCAGAAAGUAAGGCCAAAGAGCUAAAACCACACAAUGUUCCCUACAAGUUGCACGAUCGGAAAGGCAGUGUUCAAACGUUUACAUUAAGUCGGAGCAAAAUGCAAUUACAGCAUCAUUUGCAGCUAGCACCCAUGGAAGAUGCACCAUUUGGAACUAUGAUGGCACAGGAAAAGCGGUAUCUAGUCACUGUUCUGGUACCUAUCGGCGUAGGAAUAAUUGGUGCAGCAUUAAUCGUGUGUACAAUACUAACAUUAAGGAAAAUAGCGCGGCAAAGGUCUCUCCAGGUCCCGAUAGACGACACUGAAGUACAGAGAUCAAUAACACCCAGUGUCUCUAGUAUACAUACGGAGGAUAAUGAUAAAGUGUUCCUUUUAUUUGGAGACGAAGAAAUAUAAAUCAUUUUUGUAACUUAUCAACAGGUUGUGUUUAAUAUUGUGUCAAAUGUAUUGGGUCCAGACUUAUACUACCAAUAAUUGUAUUAUUGUAAGAACUUGUCAUAAAUUUUCUUUUUAGAUUGACAAGGAUAUAUUCCGUUCAUGUGUUGAUAAAUCACAUGAAUGAGUAGAAUAGUUAUUAUAUCCCGAUAUCACGGAGUUGUGAUGGGGUAACUAAAGCAGAUUGUCCGCCUGUCACAUGUUCGCCCGACACAUAAGUGAGUUAUCAACUCACUUCACAGACGAUUAAUUUCAUUUAGGAAUAAUUGCAGUGCUUAAGAAGCUUAAGAACCAUAACUCUUCUUUUCAUUAUUUGGACCUGU